AUGGUACAGAUAUUUAGUUCAACUGUGAAUUUUUCUCAGUGUAAUAAACCACCCAGACUCAUCAAAGACGGUCUAACAGAAAUCGUUUUGAAACUAAAAGAAGGAGAUGAAAAUCCAGUGGCCCUACAGACUGAGACCACUACCCAAGAAACUCCACAGGAGAUCAAUCAAGAGACAGACGACUCAUCCGACGAAGAGGUGACACGAAAGAAAACCACAGACAGGAAGAAAGCAAGUGAGAAAAACGCAAAUAAACCCACUGGACAAACAAUACAACCGAAACCAUCCACAUCCAAUGUACAAUCAACUCAAACUACCAAAAAUGAGAAACCUCCACCAAUCAUUUUUGAUGGCAUCCUUAAGGAUAGACGGGAAAUAAUACCCAUGAUCAAAACUCUGACCACAAAGCCCUUCCAUUUCAAAUACGGAGGAGACUCAACGAUGCUCUAUACAGAGAGUAUAGAAGACUUCGAGAACGUGAAAAGGAAGCUGAGAGAAGACGAAGUACCAUACUAUACGUACUCACUUAAGAAGGAGAAAACCCACGCGUUUGUGCUGAGGGGCCUGGACUUUGAGCCUGAGCCCUCCGAGAUACUGGAAGAAAUGGAAUCCAACUAUGGAAUCAAGGCCAAGGAGGUCUACAGGCUUAACACGAGAUUUAGGCCUCUCUACCUGCACCUUCCUAGACUACGAACGAAUAAAAAAAAACAACCUCACGUUAUAGUCGCCAAAGAGGUAGUCAUCAAUGUAUGGUACUCAAAACAAGAACAUGAUGAAAAGAAUAUCAGACCUCCGAUCUGA